AAGAAAAAACUGUAGUCAUAGAAAAGAGACCAGUGGUUGUGCCAUGAUAUGGAAGAAGGGGAUUGGCCGCAAAACAGCAUGAGGGACGUUUUGUGGGUGAUGGGGUUGUCCAACUAUAUUUGUUCCAUCUCGUCAAAUUGUUCACUUACAGUUUAUGAGUUAAAAAAAAAUCACAAAUUUAAUGUAAAUUAUAACCCAGUAAAACUUGCCUCCUGAGAAAGACAUUAAUGUGCAAAAGCAUUAAUAGGGAUAAGGAGGUUCGCUGCAAACUGAUGAGAGUAUUACCAUGUAUUACCAUGUAGUCUCAACAUACAUAUUGCAAAACUUAACAAAAUUACUCAGAACUUGACAAAUUAACUUCUAGUGGAAGAUUUACAAGCCUUUCUCAGAAUUUGACAUUAUAUGACUAUUUUUCUGUGUCAAACAUCCCAUAAAAAAUAUUUAGAAGAAAAGGUUAUUCUAAAGCAAUCAAUAAUGCCUGUUCUUCAUUUCAACAAAGUCCUUUAUUUUGACACAAACUCAUUGAAUUGUGGUGAUUUAUUAAUAAUAAAAAUAGCUUAGUUGUAAGCAUCACAAUUGAAUGUUAUGAAUAUUAUUUAAUUUUAUUGGAUCUUCUUAAUAUGAUUCUUAUCUGUUUAAAAGUAUUUUGUGUUUCUGCCAUUUGGUUCAGUCUUUACUUGGCACCAGAAGUCUAAUGAUUUAUAACUUGGAAGUUUCCAGCUGACUCACCGAGAUUCAGUAGCUAUGACAUACAGAAGUGAGAUGUCAGACAAAGAUGUAGAAGAAGUGAAGCGACGUCAGUACUCCCUUGCAUUCAGCUCAGCUGGAGCCCAAGCGCAGACCUAUCUUGUCAGCUUUGAGACUUUGGCUGAGCACCAGAGGUGGCAGCGGCAAGCUUCCAAGGUGGUGUCCCAGCGCAUCAGUACCGUCGACCUCUCGUGUCACAGCCUUGAGGAGGUUCCUGAACAUCUCUUCUACAGUCAAGAUAUCACCUACCUCAACUUGCGACACAACUUCAUGCAGUUAGAAAGACCAGGGGGCCUUGACACUUUCUACAAAUUUUCUCAGCUGAAGGGUCUGAACUUGUCCCAUAAUAAGCUUGGGUCAUUUCCUGUAUUGUUAUGUGAAAUUCCUACCCUCACUGAGCUCAACCUUUCCUGUAAUGGAUUCCACGACCUGCCGAGUCAGAUUGGCAGUCUGCUGAAUCUUCAGACCCUCUGUCUUGAUGGUAACUUCCUGACCACUUUACCUGAAGAACUGGGAAAUCUGCAACAGCUUUCCUCCCUGGGAAUUUCCUUCAACAACUUUAGUCAAAUUCCCGAGGUUUAUGAGAAACUCACUAUGUUAGAUAAAGUGUUUAUGGCUGGAAACCAAGUGGAAGUGCUAAACCUGGGGGUGCUGAACCGGAUGAGCCAUGUCAAACAUGUGGAUUUGAGGAUGAACCAUCUAAAAACCACGAUUAUUGAGAAUCUGGAGGGAAAUAAAUACAUCACCCACAUGGAUUUGCGGGACAAUCAGCUGACUGACUUAGAUCUUAGCUCCUUGUGCAACUUGGAGCAGCUGCAUUGUGAGCGGAACCAGCUGAGGGAGCUGACACUCAGUGGCUUCUCCCUCCGAACUCUCUACGCCAAUUCGAACAGACUGACAGCAGUGAGUGUCUAUCCAGUACCCAGUCUGCUCACGUCUCUCGAACUCUCCCGAAACCUGCUAGAGUGUGUCCCUGACUGGGCCUGUGAAGCAAAGAAGAUAGAAAUAUUAGACGUGAGCUAUAAUCUCCUGACAGAGGUUCCCAUGAGAAUCCUUAGUAGCUUGAGUCUUAGGAAACUAAUGGUGGGACACAAUCACGUGCAGAGCCUUCCCAUGCUGGUGGAGCACAUCCCUCUGGAGGUGUUGGAUGUCCAGCAUAACCUGCUCACCAGGCUGCCAGAUACUUUCUUCUCUAAGGCCUUAAAUCUCAGAUACUUGAAUGCAUCCGCAAAUAGUCUGGAGUCUCUGCCAUCUGCCUGUGCUGGGGAGGAGAGUCUGAGUGCGCUACAGCUGCUCUACCUGACCGACAACCUCCUGACAGACCAGUGUGUGCCCGUCCUGGUGGGGCAUCCGCACCUGCGCAUCCUGCAUCUUGCAAACAACCAGCUACAGAUGUUUCCUGCAAGCAAACUAAAUAAAUUGGAGCAGUUGGAGGAACUGAACCUAAGUGGUAACAAGCUUAAAACCAUCCCCACGACCAUUGCGAACUGCAAAAGGCUGCACACUCUGGUGGCCCACUCCAACCACAUCAGUAUUUUUCCGGAAAUACUGCAGUUGCCUCAGAUCCAGUUUGUAGACCUAAGUUGCAAUGAUUUGACCGAAAUCCUGAUUCCAGAGGCUCUCCCUGCUACUUUACAAGACCUGGACCUGACUGGAAAUACAAAUCUGGUUCUGGAACACAAGACACUGGACACAUUUAGCCAUAUCACCACCCUGAAAAUUGAUCAGAAACCUUUGCCAACAACUGAUUCUACAGUUACAUCAACCUUCUGGAGCCACGGACUGGCUGAGAUGGCAGGGCAGAGAAACAAGUUAUGUGUAUCUGCUCUAGCUGUGGAUAACUUCGCAGAGGGGGUGGGAGCUGUGUAUGGCAUGUUUGAUGGUGACCGGAACGAGGAGCUCCCUCGCCUCCUCCAGUGUACCAUGGCGGAUGUGCUUUUGGAAGAGGUGCAGCAGUCAACAAAUGACACAGUUUUCAUGGCUAACACCUUCUUGGUAUCUCACAGGAAAUUAGGAAUGGCUGGCCAGAAACUAGGCUGUUCGGCUCUCCUUUGUUAUAUCCGUCCUGACACUGCCGAUCCAAUGAGUAGCUUUAGCUUGACUGUGGCUAAUGUUGGCACAUGCCAAGCAGUCCUGUGUCGAGGUGGGAAGCCAGUGCCACUCUCUAAAGUCUUCAGCCUGGAACAGGACCCCGAGGAGGCUCAGAGGGUGAAGGACCAAAAAGCCAUCAUAACAGAGGACAACAAAGUGAAUGGGGUGACUUGCUGUACCCGGCUGCUGGGCUGUACAUACCUCUACCCUUGGAUCCUCCCCAAGCCCCACAUAUCUUCCACUUCACUCACCAUUCAGGAUGAGCUGCUGAUUCUGGGAAACAAAGCAUUGUGGGAACACUUGUCAUAUACAGAAGCGGUCAAUGCAGUACGCCAUGUGCAAGACCCAUUAGCAGCUGCCAAGAAGCUGUGCACAUUAGCCCAGAGCUAUGGUUGUCAGGACAAUGUGGGGGCGAUGGUGGUUUAUUUGAACAUUGGUGAGGAAGGCUGUACUUGUGAAAUGAAUGGGCUCACGCUGCCAGGUCCUAUGGGAUUUGCUUCAACCGCCAUCAUCAAGGACCCGCCCAAGUCGACCACUCCUUCCUCCAGCAGUGGUAUUGCCUCUGAGUUCAGUAGCGAGAUGUCCACUUCAGAGGUGAGCAGUGAGGUGGGGUCCACUGCUUCUGAUGAACAUAACACUGUUGGCCUGGAUGCUGGCUUACUUCCGAGGCCAGAGAGGCGCUGCAGUCUCCACCCAGCGCCUACCUCGGGGGUGUUCCAGCGCCAGCCCUCUUGUGCGACUUUCUCAAGUAACCAGUCUGACAAUGGCCUGGACAGUGAUGAUGACCAGCCAGUAGAAGGGGUCAUAACAAACGGCAGCAAGGUGGAAGUAGAAGUAGACAUCCACUGCUGUCGGGGGAGGGAUCUUGAGAACUCACCCACCCUUCCAGAGAAUUCUCCUGCCCCAUGCCCUGAGGACCGUGCUAGAGGAUCGUUAUUUGGGAUCCGAAGACAGAACAGUGUGAACAGUGGCAUCCUCCUGCCAGUGAGCAAAGACCGGACGGAGUUACAGAAGUCUCCCUCCACUUCCUGUCUCUAUGGAAAGAAGCUCUCCAAUGGCUCUAUCGUACCCUUGGAAGACAGCCUGAACCUCAUCGAGGUGGCCACCGAAGCUCCCAAGAAGAAGACCGGCUAUUUUGCUGCCCCAACUCAGCUGGAGCCAGAGGACCAGUUUGUCAUACCUCAUGACCUAGAAGAAGAAGUGAAGGAACAAAUGAAACACCAUCAGGAAAGCAGGCACGAGCCUGAGCCCAGUGAAGAGGAUCGGACCGAGCUCUCGGAGGAGUUUGACACGGCGCUGUAGUCCUCCCCCAGGGCCAUGGCAUCGCACGAGGCUGCAUGGUGUAGGGUAGGGGACCCUGCCGGGGGCGUUCUGCCUCUGUAUCUCUAAACCACAGAUGAGAGGAGGCUGGAUCUCGGGGGUGGAAAUGAUGAGAGCUGUCAGGGUCUUGCUCUGGAUAAGCUAGUCAACACCAUCAGUGUUAAGUUUCACAUUUAACCUGCAUCGGGAUCCCCAGGAUUCCUGGGGAGCAGGCAGGCAUUACUCUGUAUCAGUCCUACCACCUGCCAUUAACCCUUUUUCUCCUAGGAUGAUUUUGAGGAUUUGCCUGCCUGGGCAGGAAAGGGACUAUUUCUGUGGAGGAAGAUUGGUUCCUUUUACUGAUUGCUGCUGAUGGAUCUCUGCGACAGAGAAAUCACCUUCUAUCUCAACCUGAUGGGAUGUGAUGUGACUAGUCACAUGGCUUUUCCUUCUUCUCUACGAGAAUACAGCCUAUUGAAAUGAUGUUUAUUGGAAAUGUAGAACCAAUCAAACAGAUAACUUAUGUUUGUGAUGUAAUGAGAGCACUUUCCACUGACUGUGAACUUUUUAUUUUCAAAUCUGCACUCGAGCCAAUCUUCUUAGAGGCAGCCCAGAUCCUUUGUCCAUAGGCAGGAUGAUCAUCAGGAGUUGGGGCCAGCUGUGAGGGUACAAGGAAGGGCCCUGGGAAAUGGACUGUUGGAUGUCAGACUGUGAAAGUUCCUGAGAAACAGGGGAGUAGUUCUUUGGGGGAUGAGGAUGGGGAAGGGGUGAGGAACAAGACUACUUCCCCCAAAUCACAAAAAGAGAAUAACUGCUAGGAAUCUCCCAGAAGAUCACAAAAGAAGCAUUUGAAGAUUGGCGUCUUUCCAUAACAUGAGGUGGAGAUGGCAGUCAGCCUCCUAGUACGCAGGGCCAAGGCUGCUGCUGCUGCUCACAUCCAAGUAACCUUGAGUUACAGCAGAUGACUCUGAACAGACUGAGGCUGAAUGAGAACAGAUGGAUGGAUGGAGCUUCCAGUUAGACAAGUUCCUUCUCUCAUUCUCGAGCCGAGAGAUGGUUUUCUAAAAUGUUAGGAGUGAGCUAAAGUUUCGACUUUUAAUGGUUAACACAGUCUUCUGAAAAUGCUUAUCCACCUCACAUGGCUUCACAGUACUGGGCUCAAUUUCUGAAAAACUUGAUUGAGAAGUUACAGAAAACCUAGUUUACUGAUUUUUUUCUUUCUUGCACAUCCCAUGUAAGCCUAGCAAAAUGCAGUUCCUUCUGUAUUUCUAUUCCAUUGCCUUUUCCUACAAAGUUUUGACAUUGCUUAAUUUUACCCAGUGGGGAAUGUGCUUUGAAUUUUUAGAAUACUUUGACAAUUAAAAAGAAAAUAGAGUAGAAUCAUUUUUAAUCUGUUUCAUGAGAAAUGAAAUGUUAAAGAUAGGGUUGAUCUAUACAUACAUAUGUUGGGGGUUUUAUUUUGCUGAAGCAGUAGUAGAAAAUCAGAUGACCUCUCCACAGAUAGUUAGGUAUCCUCAUCUUCCCAGAGGCCUGUACCCAUGUGUAUGUGUCAGUGGGGUACACAUUCUUGGAAGAUUCCAUACCAAUGAGUGUCUGGUGUUCAGCCUCUCUAAGAUAUGAAUUUGAGUCCCCAAAUUGUCAGGAACACUUUUUUCUGUGUCAAACUACUUGUUAGCUACUGAAAAAUUUUAGAACUCAGGUCUUGAUUUGAAGUGGGGAUCAUAAUAUGGUUCAUACAAAGUUCAGGUGCUGUAAGAAAGAUGGGAACAAUAGUGUGUUGCCGCCUUAUUUUUUUAUGGGAAAAUGGGGGGGGGGGAAUGGAGGAAAAAUGAAGGGAAAACCCAAGAUGAUAGUGAUGAAAAUUAUUUUGGGACGAAACCACUUUAAUAGUCUUUUUAAAAUUGUCCUUUAUCUGUGAACUGUUUCUUGUCUGUUUCCCACCCUACGCUAAUUGGAACCACUACAAAGCCCAGUUAUGAAACUGCUUAACUGAAAGUAAAUGUAUUUACUUUUUAAUCAGAAGAACCUUCAAAUUCCCAGUGUUCUUUUAUGUUUAUGUCCCAGGUUUAUGUUCAAGAAACAUUAGGUUGUAUGAAAAUCUUUAAUAUAGGCUGUACCAAAACUGAUUGCUCUUUUUUUUGUAACUUCCUUUGAUUCAUUUCCCUCUAUAAUUACUAUUUGUUAAAACAGAGGAUGAAAAGGCCAUAGCCCAUCACCAAAAAUACACAGAACCCUCUUGACCUAUGAAGUCAUUUACACUUCCUGUGUGAGCUGAUUAGGUUGUCAGGUGGUGAAAGCCAGUAAUCUGUCUCCAGGUGAAUGUAAUCUGCUUCCUAGGACUUGACCCAGAGGACGCGUUCCCCAGGUGGGCAGAGGCCCAUUGAUCUCUAGCCCAGAGGUCCCGGCCUCUGCACGAUUCUCAGGUCACUGUGUGUACCUCCCAUUUAAUGGAGUUGUUUAAGACAGUUUCUGAAAGAAUGUCACUCCUGCUUAUGGGAGCAGUCCAGGAGUCCCAUGGAAGAAAGAAAACUAUACAAGUCUUGGCAGCCAUGGUAUUUUUAUUCUUAUCCAGAUGGAUUGGAAAUGUAUUUGAAAAUUUGAAUGCUAGUAUGUCAUAAAGCUACCGUGAUACCAUAGAGUCAUUGAAUUAUUACUCCUCAUUCAAGUGAGGGCUUUCUUAUACUACUGUAGAGUGUAUGUGCAAUAAGUUGAUGAAUUCAUUUUCCUGAUGUAUAGAAGAGCCAACACGAGCAGCUUGGUAAUCAUUGGGUGCUAUUUUAAUUGUUUGUAGCGAGUGCUAUUUUCUAGGAGAUGGAGCCAGUUAGGUUUGGCUGAUCUGCUGAAUAUCAGAUGAUGCCAUUCUUUCCAUGUCAGCUCUCAGCAAAAGCAGGUACUUGGAAGCCACAGGCUCCCCUCCUCUGUCUACUCAAUAAUCACUAAUGAAGAGACCUCCACAAGGGAGCACUUGGUGGUUGUCGAUAAACAUACCAAUUAUUAAAUAGUCUCCAAGCCAUUCAGUGAUGUCUGCAGCAUCACUCUAGAACUGUCUUGUGUCACUUUUUUACUUCCCUCUGGGCGGGGCCUCUCAGACUCCCUCGUUCAUGGAGGCAAGUUAAUCUUUCUCUCCAGUUAGUGACUUUUGCCCCAUAGUUGGGUAAGCACUUCCUACACUGAGAAAAGCAGCUACAGUAAAUCCUGCUCUGUUUCCCUCAUUUGGUGAUGAUUCAAUCACACAUAAGCUCCUUGUAUUCUAAAUUUCAUGCACUUCUCCCAGACGCUAUAGGGUUUUCUCUCACUGUUGCCAGUGGAGGUCAUCCAGACAGUGAGUUCAUAUCUUAUGGUUUUGUGCAAUCAUUGUCGUAUUGUAGUCCUAAGACUCAUUAUAGUGUAUUUUUGAUAUUUUUGAAAUGUGUUAAAUUUUUUAAUUCAAUAAUAUGAGCCAGAGCAUGUUGCAGCAAAUCUAUUGUUUGUAUAAAAAUAAAAUAAAAAUAAUGAUAACAAUAAUAAUAAAUAAAAUAAAAUGGAA